AGAGAGAGAGAGAGAGAGAGAGAGAGAGAGAGAGAGAGAGAGAGAGAAAAGAAGAAGAGAGCGCGCGCGAGACCACGCGAAAGAAAGAGAAGAGAGAUCGAGUGACAGAGAGAGGAGCAGCAGCCGCAACGAAGGUCGCCGCCGGUCGGCGAGCAGCGUUCGCUGUCACCGCGAAUCGCUCGUACGCCCUCCUCCUCUCUCUCCCCACCCCCCUCCGUCCUUGUCCACAAGUUCUCUGCUGCUCUUCCACCUUCAUCACCUUCUCUCUGCUCCUUCACCUCCGGUGUUUCUCUUCUACCUCCUUCUUCGCCGCUGCCAACUCCUCCUCCUGUCAAAGGAGGAUUCCGCUGUCCUGAGCCAUGGCGUGCUGCCUGUCAGAAGAGGCGAAGGAACAGAAACGCAUUAAUCAAGAGAUUGAGCGACAAUUGCGGAGGGACAAGCGGGAUGCUAGGCGAGAACUCAAACUCCUGUUACUCGGUACUGGCGAAUCCGGCAAGUCCACCUUCAUUAAGCAGAUGAGGAUCAUCCACGGUUCCGGCUACUCGGAUGAGGAUAAGAGAGGGUUCAUCAAACUCGUGUACCAAAACAUUUUCAUGGCGAUGCAGUCGAUGAUCCGGGCGAUGGACCUCCUGAAGAUCCAGUAUGGCGAUUCCUCAAAUAUAGAAAAAGCGGAACUCGUACGAAGCGUAGACUUCGAGACGGUGACGACGUUCGAGAGCCCGUACGUGGAGGCGAUCAAGGAUCUGUGGGCGGACGCCGGUAUACAGGAGUGCUACGAUCGCAGACGGGAAUACCAGCUCACGGACUCCGCCAAGUAUUACCUAAUGGAGAUAGAUCGAGUCGCGGCACCAAACUACCUCCCCACAGAACAGGACAUUCUUCGUGUGAGAGUGCCCACGACGGGUAUAAUUGAGUAUCCCUUUGACUUGGAAGAGAUCCGAUUUAGUUAUCUUAGUGACCUAGAGCGUAUCGAAAAGCCUGAUUUCCUUCCGACCGAGCAAGACAUCCUCCGGGCACGAGCUCCCACCACCGGCAUUAUAGAGUAUCCGUUUGAUCUGGACUCCAUCAUAUUUAGGAUGGUAGACGUCGGCGGUCAGAGGUCGGAAAGAAGAAAGUGGAUCCAUUGUUUUGAGAACGUUACUUCCAUUAUAUUUCUAGUAGCUCUAAGUGAAUACGAUCAAAUUCUAUUCGAGUCGGAGAACGAGAAUCGAAUGGAGGAAAGUAAAGCACUCUUCAAAACGAUUAUAACAUAUCCCUGGUUUCAACACUCCUCGGUUAUUCUGUUCCUCAACAAGAAAGAUCUGCUAGAAGAGAAAAUCAUGUAUUCUCAUCUCGUCGACUACUUCCCGGAAUACGAUGGUCCGCAGAGAGACGCCAUAGCAGCUAGAGAAUUUAUCCUGAGGAUGUUCGUUGACCUGAAUCCGGACAGCGAAAAGAUUAUUUAUUCCCACUUUACGUGUGCCACAGACACGGAGAACAUCAAGCUCGUGUUCUGCGCCGUUAAGGAUACGAUCAUGCAAACCGCGCUCAAGGAGUUCAAUCUCGCUUGAAGCGCGACUUACGGACUAUGAAUCCCGAAUCUUAGCGCGCGUCACGCCAAUCGCUUUUGCAGAAAGCGCUUCCGCGCAGAUCUCCAUUGCGUCUGUCGUUAAUCUAUCUCACAUACGCCGAGCAUCAUGCAGACUCAGGCCACACAUUUCGCGGAACGGAUACACUGAGAGUGUACUAGUCGGCUAGGAAGUCUCAGCGUUGCGUGAAUCUUGCGACUCGAACUGCUGAAUGAAGGAAAAUCGGGACAGACCAACGGCGUGACGUAGAAAGUUGAAUUAGUGACUGUUAAAUGUAUACUGUUUCACUGUAUCUUAAUUAAAUUUAAUUAAAUUUAGUCAAAUUUAAUGAACUAAAUUUAGUUAACUAAAUUUAAUUGAGGAUAAAAGAUUAACGAAUCUGAAACGUGGUAGUGUAUACGCUGUUCUUUCAUCAUCCGAAAGGUUAAUCUAACUUUUGCUGAAGGCAGAACUUUCGCUGAAAGAAUCAGGACCGUCAGUUGUUCGAGCCCGUGAUUGAGUUUUGUUCAAGUCUAUCCGAGUUGCAUUGAUUGAUCUUCAUUUUUAUAGUGCACGAUAGCCGGUGCCCUGUAGAGGUAGCAGCGGUCAAACGAUAGAGUAGCGAUGAUGCCUCUCGACCAGACGCAACGGGCGAGUUGUAGGGCGGAUCGUUUAUUUGAUUUGGGAAAAUUUAUGGAAUGUUAUUAAGUUGUGCCUCUACUCGCACCUCUCUCUAAAGUUAACUUCUUCGUGGCUCGAGUCUGUGUGUCAUCCUCGGCGAUUCGUUCAGAUGUCUCAAAGCGCCUAUCGCGAAUAUCGCGGAUACGUUAGCCCGUUUUGAACCUCAGAAAAAAAUGACUACUGCCAGCCUGCAAUCGACGAUGAAAAAUGUUGCGUUACGUUAAGUAAAUAUAUGAAUAUUGGAAGGAUCUUGUAACGAAAAUAAAGGAGACUACACAGAUUGA